GAAAAAGGGGAGGGUUCAGUGUCUUUUUAAUGCCUGUGAGCAAGCAGCCAUUCACUUUCAGUCAGAUUCAGAGCUACAGGAUGUUUCAGCUGCAGGACAUCUGGGACACCAUCAGACAGUACGAGACCUGGCUAAGGUCUCCUCUUUUCCCUGUACUGUUUUCACUGACUAUCUACAUAAGCUUUUGUCUGCCGUUUGUAAUCCUGGACUUGCUGUCACCUCGAGUGCCUUUAGUGAGGAAAUACAAGAUCCAGCAAAAGAGCGAUGUAUCACUGAAGAAGAUGUGGAAUUGCCUGGCUCUUUCCCUCUAUAACCAUGUGGUGUACCUCUUUCCACUAAGCCUGCUGCUCUGGUACUGGAGACCUGUUAUCUACCCAGCAGAAUCACCACGUUUUCUUGAAAUCAUUCAGCAUCUGGUGGCCUGUCUGCUGCUCUUUGACUUUCAGUACUUCGUCUGGCAUGUGCUGCAUCACAAGGUGCCCUGGCUCUACCGAACUUUUCACAAGGUGCACCACAAUUAUACUUCUACCUUCGCUCUUACUACUGAAUACUCUGGUGCAAAUGUUAGUUGGAUUCAUGCGUAG